CAUCCGGAGAAUGUCUCGAAGAACUCGACCACUUCCGGUUUCUGCAGCGCUCGCUCAUUAGUUCCGACCAACCAAACAAAGCUCAGCGGGAGCUCUGUCUGCAGCCCAGGCAGAAACAUCUCGACCUCUGAACCAGAAUCCGCUCGACCCACUGAACCGCCUCCAAUCGUUUCUGUAUCGCCCGCUUUCUGGCGACCGGAUUGUGAUUUCAGCCGCUGCGCAACGAGCGGAGCUAACGUUGCCUCUGCCGCCAUCCAGCCUGCUGCGGGAUGACGAGCCAGCUGCUGGGCAGCGUGUCAGCCGCGAAACGGGCCUGGUAGGCGGGUGUGAGAAGAGGUUUGGCUCCCUGGUGGAAGUGGGACGUGAUCGGAAGUUUAGAGAGAUUGGCGGAGUGACACUAGCAACCAUUGUGGAGUGUCAGUGUCUGGGAUCAUGAGCGCCCCCUGCCAUGAGGCUAGAGAACUGCCUGCCUCACCUCCAGUUCUCUGGUUUCUUAUUGCUGCUCAGCACGAAACACGUUGCACACACAGUUGGAGCUUCCUCAGCCGCUCGGUGACUCCCUGACUGAUCGCCCCGCCGCCAUGAGCGCCAUGCGUGUGGACGCCAAGGUGGUGAUGCUGGGAAAGGAGAGCGUGGGGAAGACGAGCCUGGUGGAGCGAUAUGUCCACCACCGCUUCCUGGUGGGGCCGUACCAGAACACCAUCGGUGCUGCAUUUGUGGCCAAACCCAUCCAGGUCGCAGACAGAGUCAUCACUUUGGGGAUUUGGGACACGGCCGGAUCGGAGCGCUACGAGGCCAUGAGCCGGAUCUACUACAGAGGAGCCCGGGCCGCCGUGGUCUGCUAUGAUCUGACGGACAGCAGCAGCUUCCAGAGAGCCCGGUUCUGGGUGAAGGAGCUGCAGAACUGUGAGGAGCACUGUAAAAUCUACGUGUGCGGCACAAAGAGUGACCUGAUCGAAGGAGAGCGCGCUCUGCGGCAGAUCGACUUCCACGACGCGCAGGACUUCGCAGAAGAUGUCGGUGCUCAGUAUUUUGAAACUUCCAGUAAAACAGGAAAAAACGUCGAUGAAUUGUUCCAGAAAGUUGCCGAGGAUUUCAGCAGCUCAGCUUUCCAACUCCUGCCUGAGGAAACCGGCGUCGACUUGGGUCAGAAGAAAGACUCGUAUUUGUACUCCUGUUGCCAUGGAAAGUGAUGCGGGAAGAGCAGCUGGAGGAUUACUCUGCUCCGUCAGUCUGGGUCUGCUGGCAGCCAAUCACAGAGCAGAACCCAGACUCCAUCUUUGUUUUUCUUUGUGAUCGCAGCAGAAGAGACGGAAAACGGAGAUCCGGACGCUCAUCUAGAGUCACCAACAAACACCGAGGAGAAGAAGAAGGUUCGUUCAACAGCCUCACUUCGUCCAUGUUCACCACUUUUUCUGCCACGACAGCCUUGGAUGUACGAAGAAAAGCAACAGUCAGCCUUCGUUGGUCUCACAUUGCUGCGAAAUCCACAUUUUCUGACAGAAAAACUGCAACUUCAGUCAAAGGAAACCAGUUAUGGUUGUUUUUCAGCUCAGUUUGUUAGAAACAUUCAGAGAAGAAUGUGACCGUUAAAGCAACGUCUAAAACAUGAAGGUUUACAAUUUAUCAAGUUAUUAAAUAGCAAAACACUAAUGUACAUUUUGACUUUCUAUCACAGCAGAGUUUUCACCUCCUUAUGGGAAAUCUGACGCAUCAACUUUGCACUACGAGCUGCGACUGUCAGAAAUAACAUGGUGUCGGUUGCCGGUUGGUGUCGGUUGCCGGUUGGUGUCGGUUGCCGGUUGGUGUCGGUUGCCGGUUGGUGUCGGUUGCCGGUUGGUGUAGGUUGCCAGUUGGUGUCGGUUGCCGGUUGGUGAUGAUCUGAUCAGAUCGUCCAGAAGUUGCCGGUCGGUCUGUGGGGUUGCAGUCGGUCAGUUUCCGUUCUCAGUUUAACCCAAACUGGAAAAUCCUCCUGCUGAUUGUUGUGACGUUUGAUUUGCUAAGUUAUUGUUGCCUUCCGAGCUGCAGGGUGAAUAUUUGUUCAUGUUUUACAUUUCAUGACAUUUUGAUGCUCAGUAUUUUUUUAUCAAACGCUGAUAAAGUUGUUCAGAUUAUUUUAAAAACAAAAACUUCCUCAAUGAACAUUUUGAAAUGAUGGCGAAGCUCCAGUUACGUUUCUCUGUAUAAGUUUUAAUAAAUAAACACUAAAGAAAUCAUGAAACUUU